ACACACACACACACACACACACACACACACACACACACACACACACACACACACACACACACACACACACACACAAACAUAUAUAUAUAUUACAUAUAUUACAUAAUACGUACAUAUAACUGUUAUAAGUUUAUGAAGACAGAAGAUGCUCUUUUAAUCUGCACUUGAAAAUAUUCAGCCCUUGACUUUCGUGAAUGUGCAAUGGAAGAGAGUUCGAUAGUCCGGUCGCUUGUUUAUCUUUAGUAAGGAUAAGGAUUAACAGCAAACUGUCAAAAUUGAAAUCGGAGCUCAAAAGAUGAGACAUCAGUUUGUCCUGCAGUGUAAACCUACAUAGCGCGUCGACAGCCGUUACGGAUUAAUAUUAAUCGUGCAAUUUAUAACUGCAGGAUCCUGUGGCUAUCGAUCGGAAGCAUUAACUACAUCAUUAUACUAAAGUCGAGUAUCAAAUAUAGACCAUAAUUCAGUCAGUCAAAAUACACUUUUGGUUCUUUUAAUUGAUGAUAAUGUAAUGGUAAUCCCGCAUUCGCUAACGGUAUAUGCUGGCGGGGCAUCAUGAGAGAUGAUGGGUGAGACUGGAAUGGCAGAGCAGUUGGUCCAUCGUGAUGAAUACACCUUGAAUUCAUCACGAUGUUUUCUAGGGGAGACCAAGUGGAGGACGAUUUGACAGAGUAUAUUGCUAGCAAUGAGACUGCCUAAAUGGUCGCGUACAGCGCGGUUUCAGAGAUGUUUUCUCCCACGAACACUCAGGAUAUGGAAUGAGCUCCCUGUCGAGGUUUUUCCAAGAGACUACAGCAUGGGAUUCUUCAAAAGGGGGGUAGAGGUUUCUUCAGAGAACCCCAUCACAGCGGUGGUCCGUAAGACCCUGAUCAGUACAGCUCGAUCCUGUAUGGACCACGUUAAGGCCACUGAGGCUGACAUAGAGUAUCUCAGAGGUGAUCCGCCUUACCCUGAAAAAGCUGCUUGCAUCAUCAAAUGUUUGUUGGAAAAGGUGGGAAUUGUAAAGAAUAAUAAAUAUUCAAAAAUCGGUUUCAUGGCAACUGUGUCACCUUUGGUAUUCAAAAACAAGAAGAAGCUAGAACACAUGAAGACAGUGUCUGAAAAUUGCGAUAAAGAGGUACGUGUUAAAUGUUAACCACGCCACCGCAACGCCCUGUCAACUGGGGAACGAAGUCACCUCUUGCAUUUUCAAAUACGCACCAGAAUUACAUUUCAAAUCAUGAAGUUAUGCAAAUGUUGUUUAAGAUAAUAUUCGUACAUUUACAUAUUUUUAUAUGUAAAUAAAAAUAUAGUUUCAUUUAUUUUUAA